UGGAAAUAAUGCGUUAAGCGAAGUUGGUCGUAAAACGAAAGUGAUUUUAUAUUGUUAAUAGUGAAUGUGAUUUAAAAUUAUAUCUGGAUGUAUUAUUUGUGUUGUGACAUUGUGCAGUUGUGUGCCGGUGCUGUUAUUGGAUGCAUUUGAGAUGCUGUUUGUAAUACUUGCGUCAAGAAGAUACUGCGGUUUGUAAAUGCGGCAGGGCUUGACGACGAGCUUAAUGUUGUGAUCGCAUGGGAGGCGGCGCGCUGCUCGAUGCGGCGGCGCGUGGAGAUGCGGGGCGCAUCGCGAGCCUGCUGAACUCCAAAACAGUUCCCGUCGAUCUUGUGGACGAGAAUGGAUGCAGCGCAUUGCAGCGAGCGGCGGCGGACGGCCACGUCGAAGUGGUGCGUCUUCUGCUGGAGAAGGGAGCGGAUCCAAACAAACAGGACCUCGUGCAUGGCAACACAGCGGCUCACGAGGCCGCAUGGAAGGGCUACUCCCGCUGCGUUGCGCUGCUGGCACAGAUUUGUGAGCUACGCGCGCGAAACGCUGCGGGAUUCGCCCCGCUGCACCUCGCCGCACAGAAUGGUCACAAUCAGUCCACCAGGGAAUUACUGCUGGCUGGGGCGCCACCGGACUUGCAAAACAACUAUGGUGACACCUCGUUGCAUACAGCCGCACGCUACGGGCACGCUGGUGUCACAAGGAUCCUCAUCUCAGCGCAGUGCAGGGUUUCUGAACAGAAUAAGAACGGUGACACGGCUCUACACAUUGCCGCUGCAAUGGGGCGGAGAAAACUCACCAGGAUACUCCUCGAAGCUGGAUGCGACAAAUCCUUAAAGAAUCAUCAAGGUGAAACAGCCAGAGAUAUUGCCACUAGAAAGGGUUUACAAGAAAUAAUCACAAUUCUCAAUACACCUGUAGCGAAACAAACCAAGAAAAAAGAAAAGCAUAGGGACAAAAGCAGAGAACGUGAAAUAGAUGAGCCUGAUGAUGGCAAAAAAAAAGACAAAAGUAAAGACAAAAAGAAGAAAACUGUUCACUUUGAAACUCCACCGCAAGUGAAAUGGUCACCUUACGGUUGUCAUUAUUAUCCUGAUCCCAAAUAUUUCCCCAAACCUAAACUGAGCUCCUUGCCCACCGAACCGCUUAAAAAAGGAGAGCAAUAUUACUUAGAUUUGGCGGGAAAUAUCAAAAAAGGUCCCAUAGGUGCUGGGUACACUUGUUAUUGUGCGCCAUUCUUUAAACACAUGGAAGACAAACUUAACGAAGAUAAAGAUGAUUUAAAACGACAUAUAGAUAGGGCCCAUGAAAAGCUCGAUCAGAAGGUUACAGACCUGGAAAUGAAGACACAAGGUAAGAUAUCUGAACUAACACGAUUCGUUGCCGCGGAAAGGGCUUUGUGCAAGGAGAGACAUAAACAUUUAGAACAAUGGUUGACACGGGGUAUGAUGUUUAGGUCUUCAGAGAGAGUAAAAAGGCUUGACUUCAGUCCAAAGGGAUCAGUGGAUAUAUCACCGCUCAAAAGAACUAGAAGCUUAGAAAUACUUGACGCUAAUCAACAAGAAUGGAGUAAUGUUAACAGAAUAAUAAAAAAAUUCAGUGAUUCAUCUGUACAGAGGGAUAUUGAUAAUAACAUCGAACAGUUUGAAAAAAAGCCACUGUCACGAAGUACUGAAAUUUUAGACAGGUCACCUAGUCCAAGAAGACAUAUAUUAAAAAAUUCUCAAAGUUCAGAUCAUUUAGACGCAGCUCCGUGUAGAUACUCAAGAUCACCUAUUCGUAUAAUACAUCAUUUUCCACACACCAAAAGGCAAGAUAAUGAACACAACCAACAAACGGACCGUUGUGUUGCAAAGUCUCCAGUUCCGGGGACAUCUAGAAAUGAGAGUUUUUCACCUAGUCAAACAGAUUCAUACUUACAAAAUAAAAAAAUAGACUGUCAUAGUAUGCAGCAUGAAAAUCCACCAUUUAGUAACCAACAAAAUUCUCAAAAUACAACUUGGAAAAGUCAAGUUUUACAGAGAACUGCGGAUGAUAUACGCAAGCGAACUAUUUUAGAAAAAGAAAUGUCUGAUGUGAUUACAAGGAGUUCUACCAUACCAGAUGUCCCACAAACUGGUGGCAUGAAUCUAUUAAGACAAAUUAAUCAAGAGCAUAUUUCUGAACGAGAACCAAGAAAAUCUGUUCAAGAAUUAGUGGCUCAAGUGGAAAUUCAACAGAGGUCAAUAUCUCCCGAUAAAUUACAUAUGAAAAAAGUACAUGAAGUUGCAGCAGCUGAAUCUUUACAAAUGCCGCAACAACCACAGCGUCGUGCUCCUGUGCUUAAAGAGAAACCACCAAAAUCUAAAAGGUUCAGCCUUCAGAACCUUAUUCCAUUUCCAACUAGAAAAACAUUUCAAAGUCCAUCAAAAGAGAAUGGUAAUAAUUCAGAAAGUAGCGACGAAGAAGACCAUCCAAUAAGAAGCAACGCCUUACCUGGACCCAUGAAAAACACUAAUCUUUUGCAAACAUUGCCGCUCCCAAACUUUGAAACUAUAUCAACAAAAUCACAUUCGCCAGCGCUUCAAGUACAAACUGCCUUCCCCCACGAUAGACGUUUGAUACCUAAAGAUGCGUACUUUCACGAACUUCCCAACAAACAAGUUCACCACCAAAUGCCAUACAGAGACUUAAAUAACAGUCAACCUAUACCUCAAUACUGCCCUAGCCAGUACGACUACAAUGAACCUGGGCUACCUCAAACGCAAGGAGAAAGUAGAAAUAGGAACCCUAUUUAUCACAAUCAAACUGGCGUUUUUAGCGCCAUGAUGCAGGAUCACAUAAUCCGUGAAAUCGAACGCAUACCCCACUGCUACAGUGAACAUUUGGACCAGAAUACUGAGGUUGAAAUUGCAAAUCAGCAUGAUCACUUUCGCGGUUACUACGAUAACCGUCCACCAAUGUACCCGAAUUUUCGAGGAAACCCACAUGGACUGAGAAAACCUCCUGACCAUAGUCUGUUGCACAGCAGACUUCAGUCUCUGGCUAUAAACACUCAUUUGACUGAAACUCAAAGCCAGACAGACAGAGAAUCUCACAAUGAUUCUGGAUAUAGUACAAAAGUGUAUGGAAGUUCGCAAGGGCCGUCUCCUAGUCUUUCAGGUCAUGUGGAAGAUAACCUCUCUGGCCAGAGGAUCAACAUGGUAUCCGAUACUAAGCCACCAGUUGCUUCUUCAAGCUUAGUUUAGACCGAAAUAUCGUAAUAAAAAAAAGACAAAAGCCAAAAUUCUGACAGAAAUAUUCUAUCAUUUCCAAUAUAUCCGGUAUCAUUUGGAACCUGAAGUAGAUCUAACUAUAAAUUCUUUAUAUCUUCAAAGUUGCGUAUGCACUCUUGAUUGUUGUUGAAAGGUUUUUCCCCGUACUUUUAACAGUUGUCACUGUUGCACCCACCGAAUUUUUACAGAUGAUUUGAUUGAACACGUUGUACAUAGCCAAGUAAAGUAAAUACUUGGUAAAAUUCGCCUUGUACUUGAACAAGGUGAGAGGCAUUACUAAAUGUGGCCUUAUUAAAAUUUUCGGAUAUAAUUGUUAAUAACCUGUAGCAAUUCAGGAUUACACGUGUUUUGAACACAAUUAGGGGAUCGAAAUUUAAUAUAAUAUCACCAGCACGAACACUACGUUAAGUACAAAUUAAUAACUAUUGCCAUUUAUUGAUAACAAUAAGCAAUCUGUAUUCUUAGAGCUGACUUGAAAUUAUCUGUAAUAUAAUUUUGAGUGUAUUUUUGUAAUUAGAUUAACGUGUUAAUGUAUUAUAGAAUAUAUUUAUUUUAAUAUUGGAUAAUUUUGUACUGACUUUGUAGGACACAAUAAACGCACUUUUGAAGUGACACAAUUA